UGUUAGCAGAGAAUGGUGACUCGUUUCCUUCCGGUCCGCUGAGCGGAGGCCGGAAGUGUUGGUGUGUAGCGUCUCAGGGAGCGGAAGGGAGUUGGUAGCGGCAGCCAGGGCAGCGAGGGGUCCUGUGAAGCGCUUGGAUUCUCGCGGCUAGCAAGGAUUUAACCGCCACCAUGUCGAGCAAAAGAGCGAAGACCAAGACCACCAAGAAGCGCCCCCAGCGCGCGACCUCCAAUGUGUUCGCCAUGUUUGACCAAUCACAGAUCCAGGAGUUCAAGGAGGCCUUCAACAUGAUCGAUCAGAACCGGGAUGGUUUCAUUGACAAGGAAGACUUGCACGAUAUGCUUGCCUCCCUGGGGAAAAAUCCAACUGAUGAGUAUCUGGAUGCCAUGAUGAAUGAGGCUCCAGGUCCUAUAAAUUUUACCAUGUUUCUCACGAUGUUUGGUGAAAAGUUAAAUGGCACUGAUCCAGAAGAUGUCAUUAGAAACGCUUUUGCUUGCUUUGAUGAAGAAGCAACUGGCACCAUUCAGGAGGAUUACCUGAGAGAGCUGCUCACCACGAUGGGAGAUCGGUUUACAGAUGAGGAAGUGGACGAGCUGUACAGAGAAGCACCUAUUGACAAAAAGGGAAAUUUCAAUUACAUUGAGUUCACGCGCAUCCUUAAACAUGGAGCGAAAGACAAGGAUGACUGAAAGGAACUUCAAAUUCCAGCCACACGUUCCUUGUUGCCACUUUGGGUAUUUCUGAGACUUUGUUAGAGCCUAUUGCAUGCCAGUAGCUUUACCGCUUUUGCUUUUCUUGUUGUAUUUAUUCUCAGCCAUUUGGGGCACAUGCAUCUCUAUAAUCAGACUGGAAAUGGGACUUUCUGUCAUUUUCAGAAUAGAAAAUAGGGUAAUUUAAUUUACCCCCUCCCCGCCCCCAAUAAUUGCAGUCUACACAGAGUCAAUAUAUUUUUUCAGAGAAAGUUAUUCACUCAAUUUUUUCUGAACCAUAAUUAAACUUUAUGAUAAAAAACUUA